UACAGCUCAAAGUGCUUUGGCCAGCCUAUGCAAUAGCAGCGAUUACUACUCUUUGGUUGGUCCUUGACAAGAGAUGGAACCUGCUCAGAUGGUGACUGGAUCAUCAAUGACUGAAACCCAGAGCGGAGAUUUUGAGUCAUACACUAUAGGCAAUUAUGGUGACCUGGUGAAUUAUGACAUUUGCCACCUGCAAGAACUGCCAUUUGCCUAUAUCUUUGUCCCCACCAUUUACUACAUUGCUUUCCUCAUUGGUUUCUUUGGGAACCUCUUUGUGAUCCUGCUGAUGGCACGAAAGGAAGGCCGGAAGAGGCUCGUGGACACCUUUGUCCUCAACCUGGCCGUGGCUGACCUGGUCUUCGUAUGCACUCUGCCUUUCUGGGCUGUAUCAAAAGCCCUUGGUUACUGGUGCUUUGGUGAGGGGCUAUGCAAGUUGAGUAGCUAUGCCAUCACUGUGAACCGUUGCUCUAGCAUCUUGUUCCUGAUGGGCAUGAGUGUGGAACGCUUCCUCGUGAUGACCAAGCAGUGGGAUUCCAGGACCUUCAGCACCAAGAAGAGCAUAGCUAUGAGCUGUGGUUGCAUCUGGGUGUCCUCCCUUCUGCUGGGAAUGCCAUCUCUAGUCUACAGAAAGUUGAACCUGGUGGAUGACAAGUAUUUGUGCCAAGACAAGCCCUCCCCCACCUUCAGCCUGAUUAUGCUCAUAUUGACCUUCCUCCUGCCUUUGGGAGUAAUCUUGUUCUGCUAUUGCUCUAUCUUCUUCAAGCUUCAGAGCCAUGUCCACCUAGGCAAGAGGAGAAACAAUGCCCUCAAGAUCAUCUUUGCCAUCGUUGGAGCAUUCAUCUGUUCUUGGCUGCCCUUCAACGUGUUAAAGGCAUUCUUCGUCUUCACCAUGGCCCAGGACAUCCAUCUCCGCUGCUCAGCAAUGAUGGCUCUCACAUGGGGGCUGACCAUCAGUGCUUGCCUGGCAUUCGCAAACAGCUGUGUUAACCCUAUAAUCUAUGUCUUUAUGGAUCAGCAAUUCCGACAGCAGGCCCUGAAGCAUUUCCCUGCUUUCUGCAGCAAAAGGGAAAAUGUGCAAAGUUCAGCCCUGUCCUUUUCAUCCACAGACACGAGCCUCCUAUUUGCCAGCAGGAAGAAGCCCACACCGGCAACAUCAGCUCGGGUAGGAGACCCAGAGAGCAAAGGGGUAGGUUUGUAAGUCCCCAAGAGUGGUAUAAUGUUGGCUGGACUGACUGCUGCAAAAAGCCAGCAAGAUUUCUGGGCUAUGCUAGUUGGGGAAAGGAGCGCAGGGAGAUGAGUUAGAAGCCUGUACUAAGUAUGCCAAAGGAAUGGGUAUAAAGAUUCUGACCAUUUGAUGUAAAUCACAGUAAUAUCAAGGAGGCAGAAUUCAGUUAUCCAAACAUGUAUAUCAAAUGCAUAAAAUCAACUCCAACUUAUGUAAAUUGCCUACCAAUUGCUACUGCACAAUAAGCAGGCAGGUUUAACCUAUGUAAGGCUUCAUAAAGUGAUUUCAACUGUCUAAAAUGGUGGUAUUAUAGAUUUAAAUAGUUGCAAUUACAGUAAUAUAUGCUGAUGAAAAGUGAAUGCUUUUAGCUGUAUGUACAGUUGAUUCCCAUCUGCUUAUCUCCCCAUAUCUGGAUUUCAUGUAGCUUUUACUAGUUUGAUGAACAGCUGUUGAUCCUUGGUUGAAAAUAAGCUUAAAUGAGUAGAGAAGAAAGAUGAAAAAGUUGUUGUGUAAUUCUAUAGCAAAUAUUCUUUGAAGCAAUAAUGUGAAAAACCAC